UCUCUUCAGUUCGUGCACGACUCUUGCCUCCGCAGUGUACUGCUGGAUAGCGCUCAGUACAGUCAGUCUGCGCCCGGACGCUUCACGCACGCACCAGUGACCUGCCAAUGCGACGCAUCUCACUCUCAAAAGGUCUCGAACGCUACCCGCAGCGAAGAGCAUGGGGAAUUCACUACGGACUCAUUGAUAAAGAAUUGCCACUGGAAUGAAAAUGAACAAUUCGUCCUGUAUGUUCCUCUGCAGUAUCCAUCUAGUAUAGUCUAUUUGUUUAUGACACUAUAGGAAACCGAAGCAUGGCGGGUACCUUAUCAUUGGUGAUGUUGUUUGGAGUGGUUGGGGUGUUGGUGGCUUCUAAGACGGAGCGGGCGGUGCAGGUGCCCUGUGACUCAGGCCAGUACACCAAGGGUGGAGAGUGCUGCGAGAUGUGCCCACCUGGAGAGGGGGUGGUGAGGAGGUGUGGUGCCAACCAGACCGUCUGCGCCCAGUGCCUAGACAGUGAGACCUACUCAGAGACCUACAGCCACACAGACACCUGUAUCCCCUGCACCAUGUGUACAGGUCUGAUGCGCAUGCAAACGCCCUGCACCGACUCCAACAAUGCCAUCUGCGUGUGUGACUACAACUACUACCUGAAUGAGGUGUCUGGGCGCUGUGAGCCCUGCACGGUGUGCCCGGCGGGCCAGGGCGUGUUGGCACACUGCGAGCACAACCACGACACAGUGUGUGAGGAGUGUAUAGACGACACCUACUCUGACCGGGACAGCUCCCUGGACCCCUGCCUGCCCUGCACCAUAUGUGAUGAGGGCAUCGAGGUGGAGCUGAGUGCCUGCACCCCCGUCAGCGACUCCCUCUGCCAUAAUCCUCUCCUCCCGUCCUACACUUCUCCCACCUUUCCCCUGGACCUGUCUUCCCCCUCUUUCACAGACAUCUUCCCACCAGACAGCUCCAGCAGCCCCUCCCCGGGGGGAGAGAGCACCACGGCCCAGCCCAGCCCUCACUUCAUCAGACCGGGCUUCAACGAGAACCUCAUCCCCAUCUACUGCUCCAUCCUGGCUGCUGUGGUGGUGGGGCUGGUGGCCUACAUCGUCUUCAAAAGGUGGAACAGCUGCAAGCAGAACAAACAGCCGGCUAACAACCACCAAGCCACAGCAGCCAAUCAAACGGCGACGCCGGAGGGGGAGAAGCUGCACAGCGACAGCGGCAUCUCAGUGGACAGCCAGAGUCUGCAGGAGCAGCAGCAUGCAGCCCAGGUCCAGACACAGACACACAGACAGGAACAGAUAGUGGUGAGGGUGGAUGGGGGACCUGACUCACCUCCCCCCCAGGUCUGAGGAAGAGGAGAAGCCGCUGACAGGAAGGAGGAAAAGGAGGAGAGGGGGAAGUGGGGUUGCCAUGGAAACCUUGAUGUGGGAACGGACAUACAGUAUAAGAGUACAGACUGAGUGGGCUUCUUGGAUACAACAAGGAAGUUGACAACAUUAUCGCCCCUUUUCACCAAGGGUGGCCACUGGUUUCUGACUGGACUCUUGUCCCAGUAUGGACCCUUAUUGGACAGACUGGAGCAUCAGAGGCUGACCCAGUAUCUCUACACAGAACCCAACUCUGCCAGUGUGUCUUUGAACACUAAACCUCUCCGCCAGUACCAACCCUAACACCAACCCUAACACCAACGCCAAACACCAACCCAAACCCUAACUGCAACCCUAACACCAACCGUCUGCCUCAAGUCACUAAAGUUGCAAUUUCACUACCACCCAUAAUCCAAGAAGCAUCACUGUGUUAGAUAUCCUGGUCUCCAUCUUUUCUGUCAGCUGCUGUUGACCAAUCAUUAUGAAAAGUGUGUUAGUAUGUUAUCCCAUGAAGGAGUUUCAUCCUGUGUCCCCAUAAGUUCACUGCCAACUUCCUUUGACCAUUUGCUAAAAUUAUUAUUCAUCCACCCCCGAUUCCCCCCUACUCAAUCACAUUAUCAAAUGUUUGUGCCUCAGAGGUAGAUAAACUCUCUCUCCCCUCUCUCCACUUGUCUGUACUCUCUCUCUCUCAGCGUGUAACUCUCUGUCCCCUCUCUCCCCUUGUCUGUACUCUCUCUCUCUCAGCGUGUAACUCUCUGUCCCUCUCUCCCCUUGUCUGUACUCUCUCUCUCUCAGCGUGUAACUCUCUGUCCCCUCUCUCCCCUUGUCUGUACUCUCUCUCUCUCAGCGUGUAACUCUCUGUCCCCUCUCCCCCUUGUCUGUACUCUCUCUCUCUCAGCGUGUAACUCUCUGUCCCCUCUCUCCCCUUGUCUGUACUCUCUCUCUCUCAGCGUGUAACUCUCUGUCCCCUCUCUCCCCUUGUCUGUACUCUCUCUCUCAGCGUGUAACUCUCAGUCCCCUCUCUCCCCUUGUCUGUACUCUCUCUCUCUCAGCGUGUAACUCUCUGUCCCCUCUCUCCCCUUGUCUGAACUCUCUCUCAGCGUGUAACUCUCUGUCCCCUCUCUCCCCUUGUCUGUACUCUCUCUCAGCGUGUAACUCUCUGUCCCCUCUCCCCCUUGUCUGUACUCUCUCUCUCUCAGCGUGUAACUCUCUGUCCCCUC